AUGUCUUUGAGCCGUGCGAUUUGUGUCCUUCUCGGGUCGAUGGCUUUGGUUCCGCGCGUCGCUACUUCUUCCAGUUCUAAAUGUACACCAGAUUGGAAUCAUAACACGCAGGUUCAGCUUUGGGGGUCAAUCAAUGAGUCCGAUCAAACUAUCGUUCGAAAAAAGCGGUUUUGUUACCUUCAAUUAACGUUAUAAUAACAAAAAAAUUUGUUUAAUUAUCUUUUUUAAACCUGGGAUGAAAUUAACUUGAAGACUUUCUUAUAUUACAUUUUCGAAAGUCACUUUUAAUAUUUAAGAUAGGUUUUUUUGAAUGUUAAUUACCUUUUUUUGAGAAACUGAUGCAUUAUUGCGUAGUUGAAAGUUUUUCAUCUUUAAAAUUUGAAUUUUUGAAAGCUCCUCCUGAAAACUAAUAGAAAUUUCUCAAUAUAAAAGAUCAUUUUUUUUCACGUUUUGAAUUAAUAAAAAAACUUGUUUGAUUACUUUAAAAAUUAAAACAAUAAUUUUUUUCAAGGCUUUUUGAACUUAAAUCAUGAAUAUAUUAUUUCUUCUUUAGCAAAUGAGCAACGAGCAAAACCAGAUCACACCAAGAUGUUGCAAUCCAGUCGAUAAUAUACAUUCUUCUAAUCUUGUUGUGGUAAGUUCGCUCUUCAAUGUUUCCAAUUUAUUAAUUAUUGCUUCAGGUUUCUACAAUCGACGGCAAACUAAUCGCUUUAGAUGGACGGGAUGGCAAAACCAUAUGGGAAAUCAACGGGGAUCCCCUUUUAUCCAGUACUUUGAGUAGCGUAGAAGUACAGUUUUCGUAAUUUUUCCUCUCUUAAACGAAACUUUUUCAGAGUUUGACAAUGAACGGAGUUCCAAUCGGGUUUCUGCCGUCCCUUGAUGGCGAUUUGUACGUGUACGUUCCCGAGAUACAUGUUCUCGAGCCGAUAGCCGUUAAUACUGAUUAUUUGUUAGACGUCAGUUGACAUUGUACGAAAAGACUGAUGAACCGGGUUUCUAGGCCACUUUGAAACUUGGUCAGGAUGCAGUCGCCGGCGGAAGAACAGUUUCCACGAUGGGAGUUGAUAUCGCAACAGGAAAAGUAAGUUUGAACUAAAUUUAGGCAACUGGCAAAAAAAUAUCCUUUCCUGUAAAGGCACUAAAAAAAUCAUAGAAAUAAAUUUUUUUCAGAGUUUUUCUCUAUCUGAUGGCCUUUGAAAGGUUCUUCUGAUUUUCAAAUAAUAAAAUACAUUUUUUUUUCAUUUUUUUGAGAAGAUUCGAAAAAAAGAAAUCCAGAUAGAAAAGUAUCACAAGACAAACGAUAAAAACGUUUCAUUGGCCUAUUUUCACGUAUUUAUUGCAUCAUUUUGGCUUUUUCACGAUCACAAAGCAGAAAAACAGAUGUAGCAUCUCUGAAUUAGGAAGCAAACAUGAAAAAUAAUUGGAAAACAACGCCUGAUCAAAUAAUGAGACUUACGCAAAACAAGAAUUUUUAAGUUUUAAUGAACUCCACUGUUUCUUUUUCAGAUUCGAUACAGCUGUACAUUCGACAAAUGCAGCAGUGACAAUACGAGUACUUCUAAUGCUACUUUGGUGAUUAAACGGGUCACGAAAUCUGUCAGAGCCAUGGAUGCGAGGACCGGCGCCGAAAGGUCAAUUAUUGAUUAGAAAGAAAGAAUGUUAAACAUUUUUUUAGAGAUCAAUCACAAACCUUAAUAAAAUCAAAAUUGGGUAUUUUGAGAAUAAAUCAAGAAAAGAUACUCAAAAAAAUUCCAUCAAAAUUUUAGCCUUGUAGCUUUAAAUUGACUAAUGGAUUUUAAGUGACUCAAGCAAAAAAAUUGAUAUUUUUCGACGUUGUUUUCAUGAGAAAAAAACUACUUUGAAUUAAUAAAGAAUAUUUUAAAAAUAGGGACAUUUUUAAGACAAACAUAUUUUUUUCAGAUGGAAUCUGUCCGUUUCGGAGCUGGAUUUGUCCGUCGUCUCGAUGUCAGAAUAUGCCGCUGACUUUUUCCACAAUGGGUAAGAGAGCUCACAGAAAAUAUCGAAGCUGAGUUUCAAAAAUGUGAGGUGAAGUGGGUCUCUAGGAGCUGCAGCAUGAAAAGAAAAAUUUUUCACAAAUUAAUCUCUGCAAAAAUCAAAAAAAUUAUAAAUAUUUUUUUAGAUACAAGUAUCAUAAUUAAGAAGACCAUAUAAAAAACUUUUCGACGGUUUUUUGAUUCCAGGGAGCGAUUCUUACUUCGACCUCCCGACGGAAAAAUCACUGCCAUCAACGAGUUCGACGAUGAAGUUUGGACUAGAAGUCUCGACAAUCACAUCACCCGAGUUUGGCAUCUGAAACAUGGAGCUCUCCGCGAAGUUUGCUGGAGUGAACGUACAAAAAGUUGAGAAUUGAACUUCAGAUAUCCCUCUUCGACAGUGAAAAUCUCUACUCUACCUUCUACCGCUCCCGAGCACGAACUGAGCUCAUUCCCGCGGAAUCAUUGUUUUAUAUAGGUGAACUAUAAUUUUUCUUUGAUCCGAACUACUGCUCAAAAAAACAAAAAAACAAGCAAAAAAAGUUUGUGAAAUGCAAAUGAUACUCAUCAAAAAUUAAAAUUUAACGCAAGGGUUAUUCUUUUGUAUGAGCCAGAUGAGCAUCAAUAACACUCUGACACAACGUACAUAUUUAUUGAUUUUUCCAGGCACCAGGAGCGGCGAACCUUUCAUCAUCCAGUCACCAAAGUUGAGGGCGAGCAACCAAAAACGCGCUCGUUCUUUCACUGGGAUGGAUGUUUUCUCACAUUUGGCUAGCCCACGACUCUAUGAAACAAAGGCCGGACCAUCCAAUCAGAUCAUCAGAGCCCCGGAAGUAUAUCAGAUCGGACAGGACUCUAUCAGUGAGCUCUCAAAUCGUUUUUUUAAGCCCUUUUGAAACUACUUUCAUACUUUACCUUGAAACUUUUUUUGAAAAACAGUUCAAUAAACAAUCUUCCGUUCCAGAUAAAAUCCUGGAUUCCUUGUUCCGAAACACGCACGUCUCCAGAAUGCAGAUUACUGACGGGAGUAGUACGGCUCUUCGCACCACUGGAGAACUUCGGAUAGUUACUCAUGUUGAUGGUAUGUUGGAUCAUAAAAUAUUCAAGGAGCGAAAUUUCCUUGGAGAAAAUUUUCUUUCAGUGAUUUUCCGCACAAUUUCUUCUAAAAGGUUUCAUAAGAAAUAUUUUCGAUCUGAAAUUGAUUCUGAGUAACAAAAAUUUUUUCAGAGUCUGAAACAAACGGCGCCGCCUGCCCCAACACUCAAGGAGUCAAGAUUCUGAGCAUCCGCAACGCAGCUCCAAUGAACGCUGAGAAUGGUAUCUUUUAAAACUUUCAGAAAGGGAACUCAAUCAUGAAAAUUUAGGAGACAGCGGCUGGUUGGUUAUGGCUCCGUCGACAGAAGAUCCAACUCAAAUACCAGCAUACCCUCAAAUAAAUACACCUGUCAGAGAUGGGUUUAUUGGAAGCUUCCAAACUUUUGCAUGGUGAGUUCUUGUAACUGGGAUAAACUAAAAUCAAGCUCAGAAACUUAUGGAAAAUUAUGAAAAAAAAAUUUUUCAGCCAAGUUCUAGCGUUGGCCUCCGCAGCUGUGGCCACGGUUUACGUCGCCCUGAGAAAUCGCAUAAAUGCUUUGGACGACGCUCCGGAAGAAAAAGUAAUUUUUCUUGAUUUUCCAUUCCAUCUCAAACUGUUCCAGGCCACGGAAGAUUCCGGCGAGGUUAAGGCGGUAGCUUUAUACCGUUCCGAAGAGUUUAUGCCUGUGGAGCUGAUUCGACCUGAAAACUUCUUUCUCGAACUCCGUCUCCCAAUGGUUUCUAACGCAUCCGGCUACGACGAGUACCACUCGGCCAGCAAUUUGACGCCUAUCAAAGUCGUUACUCCGAAAGCUACCAAACGCGUCACGCAUUCCACAAGUUCCACCGAAGAAAGUAUCGCUCCGGUGACCGUUUCAAGGCGCAGCCGCAACGCAUCGCGGAAUAGCAACAGUGAUCCGUUCCAGAGCAAGUGAGGAUUAAUAAUUUUGUGAAGAAAUUCAUAAAAAUAGAAAAAUGCUCUUUACAGUAAAGCUUCACUGUAAAGUUCCUAGAAAUUUAAAAAAUGAAUAGAAGAAGAAUUCCGAAGGUGCACAUCCCUGUUUUUCCACAGAAUAAUUAAAAAAACAUUUUCCGUUCCCGAAGAAACUGCAAGUUCACUUAACAAUACUUUUUCAGAUUCUUAUCCGAGUACACUCCGACCAAGAUCCUUGGCCAUGGCGGCUUCGGAAUCGUUUUCAAAGCAAAAAAUAAUUUGGACAAUAACGAAUAUGCGGUGAAGCGCAUUGCCGUCAUUGAUAGGUGCUUUUAAGAGAAACAAAUCGAUAAAUAUAUCAAUUUUCAGCGAACGCUCUAUAACCAAAGUUCGUCGCGAAGUUUGUGCGUUGGCCCUUCUCGACCACAGCGGAAUCAUUCGGUAUUUCCACACGUGGAUGGAGCGUCCGCCUGAUGGUUGGCAGGUAGAUAAUUAUACCUGGAAAGUUGCAGACAACAACUGGGAAUUUACAGAAAAAAGCCGACGAAGAGCUUUUGCCAGCAAUCGAUCCCAACAAGAUCAGAUCACUCCGACAGAAUGGGUUGAUCAGCGCAAGCUGUGACAGCGGUGAAGUGUCUGAGGAAAAGAGCAGCGAGAAAUUGUCGCUCAAUAAAAGGUAAAUUGUUAUAUUGGAAAACCUGGCUAAACUCAUUAUAAACACAGCAAAAAAACAUCAUUUCUAAUUUCAGCUUCGAGAUGCCACCGGUUGUCGAAGGAAAAGAAGAUAAUUCUUGGUCUGAAGAUUCUUCAAAAGGAACCGAAGAAGACUCUUCAUCUGAUGAUUCUUCGGACAGUUCAGGUCCUGCUCGCAACAACUACAAGAGUGAGAAUAAAAAUGAUUAUAAUAAUUUUUUUGAAUAAAAAAAUUUUUUUCAGUUCCAAAGUCCGAAACGGAUUCCGAUGGAAUCGUUUUUGAGAAAUCGGCGAGUUCUGUACCGCAGAAAGUCGCCGACAAGAGGGUACAAUUCAAUCGGGAGAAUCCCGUGAAUCCUAUCAAGACUGAGGUAUUAGUGAUAUAUCAUAAGUUUCGGAAAAAAAAAAUUAAAUUUUCAGGUCAUAUUGGGUACAUCCGCUAGUGGAUCUUUGCACCCCGUCGGCCCUGGAAAGCACGUUUACAUGUACAUUCAAAUGCAGGUAGUUUUUCAAACGCCAAAAAAUUGAAACAGAAAUGUUAGGUUUUUUUUUUUCAAGUUUUGGCCUCAGAAGUGGCUCGGAUCAUUGAGCGACCAUUUUCGAAAGCACCUUUAAACAAAAAUACCGCUUUUCUAAACUUUAUAAAUUUCUGAAAACCAUCUGAAUUUUUUGCGCAGCAUUGAUCAGAAACUUGGCUGUUAAUCAAAUUUUCGAAGUGCAGAAAUUGACCAAUAGAAAAAUAAUUUGCACGAGUUUUAGCAAAAGUAUCUACUUUCAGCUCUGCGAAGAGCGAACUCUGCACGAAUGGCUUCUGAAAAACAAGACUGUGGCUCAGAGGCCUCUUGCCAAGAUGCGCGACUGGAUGCAUCAGUUGGCGCAGGCUUUGGCGUAUCUUCACAGCAAAGGCUACAUCCAUCGGGAUUUGAAGGUGAUUUUUCUUUUAGGAACAACGAAGUUUGUAUGGAAAUGGAUUUUCUUUUUUGGCAAUUUUUGGGUAAAAGGAGCUUUGAUAAAAUAUAAAAGAUAUAUUGAGCUUCUUUCAAGUUUCAUCUUUACACUCUUUUGAUCCGAUGGAUUUUGCAAAAACCUUGUUGGAGAUUGAACGGAAGUUUUUCAGCCCAAAAAAUGUUUUCUUCGCGCUGGACCGCACAGUUGAUGGCGGCGAGCGGUUGAAAAUUGGUGACUUGGGCCUCGUGACUGACGCUCCUUCAAACGGCGAAGGAAACCGAGAAAGUUUCGACGGAAACUCAAAUCUCACCGGAAACGUUGGAACGCGCGGCUACAUGUCCCCUGAGCAGGUUUGUGUUGACUUCCCUUAUUUUCGAAGGUCCCUGAAGUUUUUGAGCCGGAUACCUUGAAAGAGUUUAUUAUUUUGGAAUGAAACGAAAUGAAUCGAAAUAAAAAAAAAUCCCUGUUUCAGCUGGCGAGCAAGCCUUACACGGAAAAGGUUGACGUCUUUUCUUACGGGCUGAUUUGCUGCGAACUUGUCGUCCCGUUCGCAACGCAUAUGGAGCGCAUCAAUACUCUUGUCCAAUUCCAAGAGGGAAAACCGGUCAACGUGUUGAACAAGAUUCCGGAAGCGGUAAGUUCAGAUUUCUCAAGUUAUUCAGUCAAUAUUCACCGAACCGGUUGCACUGAUUUUCAAAAAAAAGUGUAGAAAGAAAAAAUAACUUUCCAAGCAGUAAUUUCAAAUAUUCACUAUUGUGGAACUCAGAAACAACUUCCUGAGAAUGAAGGCUUAUAAUUACACGUUUUGACUUGUACCUGAAAAAACUUGAAUUUUUGAAAUCAAAUCAACGGUGGCUGAACUACAAAUAUUGAAUUUUUCAACUCUCUAAGUCCACGAAAACUUUUCUUUAUUUCAGAAGGAUUUCAUCCUGUGGCUCACCAAGUCCGACCCGGACAGACGUCCUUCCUUCCAAGAAGUCCUUGCUUCGAAAUUUUUCAAAUGA